UCUUCAGUAGGUACAAAAAUUUGUAUUAUUAUUAUUUAUUAUUAUAUAUCCACGUGUAAUGUUACACAGACUUUUAUUAAACGACCUGUAUUUUCACGCAGGCUGUGUCUUUCUAGUUAUAUUGCUGUUAGUGCACGAUAGCUUCAAGGACUCCAAACAGAAGCCAGUUCAGCCCUGCGUCCCACAGAGACCAUUCGAUGUCGCAGAAACUACGCCAUCACCACUAGAAAAUGAUGAUGUCCUGUUUAAGAUUAACAACUUUAGCUUCGUUAUCAAUCCCGAAAUUUGCCGCCAAUAUUCACACAACUUCCUAGCAGUCAACAUGGUAUCUUCAAAACCAGAUCAUGAGGCUUAUAGGAAUGUGAUCCGUGCUAUGUGGAACCACUCGAGCUAUGUCAAAGGUGUAUUUCUUUUGGGUCUCUCUGAUGAUACCGGUUUGAAGAAAAGGAUUCGGAUGGAGUCCAAGACUUAUCGUGAUAUAUUGAUGGGAAACUUUAGAGAUCAUUACAGAAAUAUGACUUAUAAACACAUUAUGGGAUUGAAGUGGGUAUCGAAGCAUUGCUCUAAUGCCAGGUACAUAAUAAAAACUGAUGAUGAUGUUGUAGUGGACUUCAAGUUACUGGCCAAUUUUUUCACUCGUAUCUUAUCGCCUUGGGGAACGAAUCGCUUAGUGCUAUGCCCUCGAAUUGUUAAGGGUUUAAGCGUACAAAGAAAACGAUGCUCAUCAGAAGUGACGUACCCUGGAAAUGAAAAGUGGACACACAAUAUUGUUACCACAGACGAAUACAGAAAUGAUAUUUUUCCGGAUUUUUGCAAAGGCUAUUUCCUUAUAUAUUCCCAAGACGCGUUGCAACCCCUUCUUAAGGCAUCCAGAGCAGUUCCUUACGUUUACCUGGACGACGUAUACGUCACAGGUCUGUUACCCCCCAUUGCGGGGAUUCCUGUGACGUCACUACGCACGUUCCCACCCCCUUGGGACCGAAACCCUUUCGUGGUUGGCUACGAGCUAGAAGUGUGCUAUAUGGAAAAACUAUGGAACGUAACUUUGUUGUGAAAUGCUCUUGUUAGAUUCCAAUUUAUUGUUAACUCAAAUCAAAAAAUCAAAAUCAAAAAUAUUUAUUUAAACACCUAUGAAUUUAAAUGAGUAAGUACAAUAUUAUGAAAUUAAAUUGGAAGUGUGUGAGUUAGUAAAUUUACGAGUUUUGGUGGCUUCCACACUAGGCUCGGCCUGUGUCGUGGAUGCCGGUGUACCGGUUAUAAAAGGUAUAAUAUUAACAAAGAAGGUAGGUAGAGUUAACUAUAACUAAAGUUAUUUUAAUAUUGGAAAAGAUUCUAGCAUCCA